ACCCACCCAGACUGUCUGCUCAGACCUGUAGGACUAUUUGGACACCCACCCAGACUGUCUGCUCAGACCUGUAGGACUAUUUGGGCACCCACCCAGACUGUCUGCUCAGACCUGACUAUUUGCGUUCACUGCCACCUCGAUUCCCCACUCCAACCACCCAUUCACCAUCCAGUGAUUAGAGCAGGACUUGGGUGCUCUUUAGUUGGAGGGGGUUCCGCCACUCUGCGGAGUCUGCCAGCCAUGGACUUCUGGGGAGAUAUUGUCAAUUUGAAGACUACCACAGCAGCCAAAGCUCCAUGUGUGGGGAACGAUGACGAGGCGGUGGUGGACCUGGGGAAGACUAGCUCCACCAUUCACACCAACUUUGAGAAAGAGGAGCUAGAGAGUCACAGAGCGGUCUAUGUGGGUGUCCAUGUUCCUCUGGGCAGAGAGACCAAACGGAGGCACCACCGCAGCCACCGCGGCCACAGACACCACCGCAAGAGGAGAGACCGCUCGGACCAUGAAGAUGGACGAGAGUCUCCUUCCUAUGACACCCCGUCCCAGCGUGUCCAGUUCAUCCUGGGGACAGAGGAUGAUGAUGAAGAGCACAUGCCCCACGACCUGUUCACUGAGCUGGACGAGCUGUUCUUCCGGGACGGACACGUCUACGAGUGGAGGGAGACAGCCAGGUGGUUAAAGUUUGAGGAAGACGUGGAGGAUGGAGGGGAGCGUUGGAGUAAGCCCUACGUAGCCACGCUGUCUCUCCACAGCCUCUUCGAGCUCCGCAGCUGCAUCCUCAACGGCACUGUCAUGUUGGACAUGAGAGCCAACACCAUUGAGGAGAUCGCAGACAUGGUGAUAGACAGCAUGGUGGCGUCAGCUCAGCUGGAGGAGGAGUUGAGGCAGAAGGUGAGGGAGGCCAUGUUGAAGAGACACCACCACCAGAACGAGAAGAAGCUCAGCAACCGCAUCCCUCUGGUGCGCUCCUUCGCUGACAUCGGCAAGAAACAAUCUGACCCACACCUGCUUGAGAGAAACGGCCUCCUGGCAUCCCCCCAGUCAGCUCCUGGGAACCUGGAGAACAGUAAACCGAGUGAGAGCCGCAUCAACGGAGGAAGCAGAGAGAACAGCACUGUGGACUUCAGCAAGGUGGACAUGAACUUCAUGAAGAAGAUCCCUCCUGGGGCGGAGGCGUCCAACGUGCUGGUGGGAGAGGUGGAAUUCCUGGAGCGACCAAUCAUAGCCUUCAUCAGGCUGUCACCCGCCGUGCUGCUCACUGGUCUCACUGAGGUGCCCGUACCCACCAGGUUCCUGUUCCUGCUGCUGGGUCCGUUUGGGAAGGGUCCUCAGUACCACGAGAUCGGCCGCUCCAUCGCCACGCUGAUGACAGACGAGGUCUUCCAUGAUGUAGCGUACAAGGCCAAAGACCGGAACGAUCUGCUGUCGGGGAUAGAUGAGUUUCUGGACCAGGUGACCGUCCUACCCCCAGGAGAGUGGGACCCUACGAUACGAAUCGAGCCCCCCAAGAGUGUCCCAUCUCAGGACAAGAGGAAAAUGCCCUCAUUGCCCAACGGCUCUGCCCAUAAUGAGUCCUUCAAGGAAGACCAGCACCAAGCAGGACCAGAGCUACAGAGGACAGGGAGGAUCUUUGGGGGCCUGGUGAUGGAUGUAAGGAGGAAAGCUCCGUUCCUGUGGAGCGAUAUUAGGGAUGCUCUGAGCCUGCAGUGCCUGGCCUCUGUGCUGUUCCUCUACUGCGCCUGCAUGUCCCCUGUCAUCACUUUCGGAGGCCUGCUGGGCGAGGCCACCAAGGGAAACAUCAGUGCGAUCGAGUCGUUGUUCGGGGCGUCUCUGACGGGCGUGGCCUUCUCCAUGUUUGCGGGCCAGCCACUCACCAUCCUGGGCAGCACCGGACCAGUCCUGGUCUUUGAGAAGAUCCUUUUCAAGUUCUGCAGUGACUACGACCUGUCCUACCUGUCCUUGAGGACCAGCAUCGGCCUGUGGACGGCCUUCAUGUGCCUCGUCCUGGUUGCCACGGACGCCAGCUCCCUUGUCUGUUACAUCACCCGCUUCACGGAGGAAGCCUUCGCAGCGCUCAUCUGCAUCAUCUUCAUCUACGAGGCCCUGGAGAAGCUGGUUCAUCUGGGGGAACUCUACCCCAUCAACAUGAACAACAAGCUGGACAACCUCACCUUCUACAUAUGUCAAUGUUCUCCGCCGGUUAACGCCACGCCUGAGAUCCAGCAGGUCUGGAACCACAGCGGGGUCGCACCAGAAUCAAUAUCUUGGACCCAACUGGAUGUCGAUGAGUGUUCUAGGCUGCGUGGGGAGUUUAUUGGGCCAGCUUGUGGCCACCAUGGUCCCUACAUCCCUGACGUCCUCUUCUGGUCCGUCAUCCUCUUCUUCACUACCUUCUUCCUCUCCUCCUUCCUCAAGCAGUUCAAGACCAAGCUCUACUUUCCCACCAAGGUACGGUCGACCAUCAGUGACUUCGCGGUCUUCCUGACCAUCAUGAUCAUGGUCCUGGUGGACUACCUGGUGGGCAUUCCCUCCCCCAAACUGAAUGUGCCUGACCGCUUUCAGCCCACGUCUGAGAACCGUGGCUGGCUGAUCUCCCCGCUGGGGACCAACCCCUGGUGGACCAUGCUGGCUGCAGCCAUCCCUGCCCUGCUCUGCACCAUCCUCAUCUUCAUGGACCAGCAGAUCACCGCCGUCAUCAUCAACAGGAAGGAGCACAAACUCAAGAAAGGCUGUGGCUACCACCUGGAUCUUCUGGUGGUGUCUGUGAUGCUGGGGGUGUGCUCCAUCAUGGGCCUGCCCUGGUUUGUAGCGGCCACCGUGCUCUCCAUCUCCCACGUCAACAGUCUGAAGCUGGAGUCAGAGUGCUCGGCCCCCGGGGAACAGCCCAAGUUCCUGGGGAUCAGAGAGCAGAGGGUCACCAGCUUCAUGAUCUUCAUCCUCAUGGGCUGCUCUGUCUUCAUGACCUCGGUGCUCAAGUUCAUCCCUAUGCCAGUCCUCUACGGGGUGUUUCUCUACAUGGGUGUGUCCUCACUCAAAGGCAUCCAGUUCUUUGACCGUAUCAAGCUGUUCUGCAUGCCAGCUAAGCACCAGCCGGACCUGAUCUACCUGCGCUACGUUCCCCUGUGGAAGGUCCAUGUGUUCACCCUGGUGCAGCUCACCUGCCUGGUGCUGCUGUGGGUCAUCAAGGCGUCCGCCGCCGCCGUAGUCUUCCCCAUGAUGGUGUUGGCCCUGGUGUUUAUACGGAAGCUGCUGGACCUAUGUUUCACCAACAGGGAGCUGAGCUGGUUGGAUGACCUGAUGCCUGAGAGCAAGAAGAAGAAGGAGGACGACAAGAAGAAGAAAGCCAAGGAGGAGGCCCAGCGCAUGCUGGAAGUGGAAGAGGGCAUAGCACACCCCUGCGACGGGCCGGGCAUCCUCAAGACCCUCAAAGUCAGUUUGGACCCCUCUAUGGUAAACAUUUCUGAUGAAAUGGCCAAAACUGCCAAUUGGAAGUCUGUCUCCAUGAACUCUGACAGUGCCAAAGCUCUGAAACAUAGUGGCAGCCAGGUGAAGGUGUCCUGUGUGAAGAUAAACUUGGAGAAUGACCAGGGGGAGAAGUAUGGGGAUGCUGAGACCUCCUUAUGAAGGAGGGACGGGAGGAGCAGGGAGGGUGCCACUUCAGCCUCUAGCCCACCAGGUGGUGUUGUCCUCCUGUCCUCCCACACAGCAGGGGGCAGUGUCCUUCAUGGCCCUGUCCGUUGCCCUAACAGCUGCUACCAUACCAAUGCCAAGGGGGCACACAAAGACACAACCACUUCUACUUAGCCAUGUUUCUUUAGUUCUUAUUGUGAAAUUAGUCAGAGCGAAAUUUGUCUUUUAAUUUUAUCAUCGUUUUAAGGUGAAAAAACAGUAACUUUAGAUUCAGGUGUGCCUUUUUUAAGGAACCACUUGGUCUUCUUGGAAUGACUUUCAUCAGGCUUUUUACCAACAUAUCCAUAGUCUCUGUGAUAUGGUGUACAGUCUGUCCUCGUAACACUUACUUCGAGGGCAAUGCAUUAUGAAUGCAUGUAGUGGCCUCUCGCCCUUAGUGCAUUAUAUUAGAAGAGUUGCUGUAAGCAUUUCAAACUUGUCAAGACUGUCCCCAGGUGGUUUAUAGGAAGCAGUAGGCCUAACAGCAGUCCAAGCACCCCGGGUGGCUUGACCACAACGACGGCUACUACUCACAGCACUCUAUCUGGCUCACUCUGAACAAUAGACACUUUCUGUUUGAAAAAGCAGGUGACGCUCAACAAAAGGUCCAAAUACAUUUGGAGCACAUAUUAGAUUUAAUGUGUGUGUGGGCACAUGGGGGUGUGUGUGUGUGGGCACAUGGGGGUGUGUGUACAAGUGUAAGAAACUUAAGAGCAGCUUAAGAUGUCUUCACAAUAUCAGAGUCAUGUGUACGAUGUGCUGUUGAUUCAGAUUAUCAGUCACAGUAGGUUGAAAGGCUGAGUAUGUUCUGUCAACGUGAAUAUGACAGACCACAGCAUAGCCCAUAGUUUGCAGAAUAUUUCUUCAAUUAAUUGGCAAACAUCUCUUACUUAUCUUAAACAAUCCCAAAUUGGAAACGGACUAUAACAAGAUAACGUUUCAAAAACAAAAUGUUCUCACAUUUCUCGAUUGAGCGGUCUUGUUAUUUUGGAGUAAUAACAAGACCGCUGCAGUGCCUGCAGUGCCUGCAGUGUCCAUACAUACAUACUGGUGAGGGUAUUGCCUGCAGUGUCCAUACAUACAUAAUGGUGAGCGUAUUGCCUGCAGUGUCCAUACAUACAUAAUGGUGAGGGUAUUGCCUGCAGUGUCCAUACAUACAUAAUGGUGAGGGUAUUGCCUGCAGUGUCCAUACAUACGUAAUGGUGAGGGUAUUGCCUGCAGUGUCCAUACAUACAUAAUGGUGAGGGUAUUGCCUGCAGUGUCCAUACAUACAUAAUGGUGAGGGUAUUGCCUGCAGUGUCCAUACAUACAUAAUGGUGAGGGUAUUGCCUGCAGUGUCCAUACAUACAUAAUGGUGAGGGUAUUGCCUGCAGUGUCCAUACAUACAUAAUGGUGAUGGUAUUGCCUGCAGUGUCCAUACAUACAUAAUGGUGAGGGUAUUGCCUGCAGUGUCCAUACAUACAUAAUGGUGAGGGUAUUGCCUGCAGUGUCCAUACAUACAUAAUGGUGAGGGUAUUGCCUGCAGUGUCCAUACAUACAUAAUGGUGUACUUGAAAGGAAGAAAAUAUGUAUAGAGUACGUCUAUGGAGGUUUCUAAAACUGAUGCCUUCUUUAGGGCAGGUUUAAAGCUGUUCAAUAGUGUUACUGUACAUGGCUGUGGUAGCCUGGGUUUAAUCUAGUGUAGUGCACCUGCACCAUGGAAGUCUUACCAGAGCUGUAGCCUCCCCUUGGUUAUGAUGACGUGGGGAAACCCACUUUUAUCCAUUUAAAACGGUUUACAUCCAAUGGAAUAUUUUCUGUUAUGGGGUAUAUAUUUUAGAUUGUCUAUCUAUAUAUUUUUUAUCAUUAUUAUCUAUAUCAUUACAAAAUGUAAUGCGUUUUAAUUUAUUUUGAGUGUGUCAACAUUGCAGAGUUUGGGGGGGGGGGGGGCAGGAGGAGGGAGCAGUGUCGUGUUUGUUGCUGGCCGGUAAUUAAUGUUCUUUAUUCCUGUCUUUAUAUCUGUGCACUUUAGAUACGCCUGCCGCACAACGAGAGGGGUGGGCAGGCUAUAUGUACCUUUUUAUAUACAUGUAUCUAUUUAGAUCAGUCUCAGGAACCAAUGGGCUCAAUGAGGCCCUUGUCUCUCUCUCACCAUCUCUUGUCAGUCUUUCUUUCUCUCCCUUUCUCCCCGUCACUCUCUUCUGUGUCUUUUGUCCUCUCGUGUUGCUCUCUCUCCCUCUCUGUUGGCUCUCUCUCCCUCUGUGUUGGCUCUCUCUCCCUCUGUGUUGGCUCUCUCUCUGUGUUGGCUCUCUUGUUCUCUCUGUCUCUGUGUGUUGUCUCUCUUUCACUCUGGUGCUCACUGACUGACUCCCUCAUUGUCAAUCCACUUGUUGUUGCCGAGAAGAUGCUUGCUGUGUGCUUUCUCUGCCCCUCCCUUUCAGUGUAAACCCUUUUACCUAUUGACACUGGACAACACUGUGAUAGGUGGGUUUCUCUGUGCUCUUCUUUUAUUGGCUAUUCUGUUGUAGGCAGUUUUGUAAAGAAAAAUUCUUAAUUAAUUUUGUCCCGUGGAUUUAGUGUUAAUGAAUAGCAAUGCUUUUGAUUGAUUAUCCAAUAUGUAUACUGUUACAGGAGUCCUACUGGGAAAGGCAUCAGUCUGCUGUUCAUGGCUCUUUGAUUGAGUUUAAUUCAUGAGUUUGAAUUAUGUGAUUGAAUUAGUUUUAUUUAAAUCUAUAGUGUUAUACAAAUAUGGAAUGAAGGUUAUGAAACAUUGGGUGUAAGUCGUACGGGGGGCAAGAAUUUGUUUUGACUUCAAUAAAGAGGAGACUCCUCAAGUUCAAUAACUGACUGACCUCUUCCAUCUGAACACCUUGAUGAAAACAAACAGUCAUCGGUUUCAGCAGCUGUUUUGCCCUCUGGGUCAAUUAUGGGCCCCAUACUAUGAAUGUUGGAAAUUGCCGUACGUUCUCGUUCCUUCUGACUUUGUGCUUACCAGUGGUGUAAAAAUACUUUUAAAUAUUACUUAAGUCAUUUUUUGGGGUAUCUGUACUUUUCUUUACUAGUUAUAUUUUUUGACAACUUUUACUUCACUACAUUCCUAAAGAAAAUAAUGUACUUUUUACUCCAUACAUUUUCCCUGACACCCAAAAGUACUUGCUACAUUUUGAAUGCUUAGCAGAAUAGAAAAGGGCUAAAUUCACACACUUAUCAAGAGAACAUCCCUACUGCCUCUGAUCUGGCGGACUCACUAAACACAAAUUCUUAAUUUGUAAAUGAUGUCUGAGUGUUGGUGUGUGGCCUGGCUAUCUGUAAAUUUAAAAAACAAGAAUUGUACUGUCUGGUUUACUUAAUAUAAGGAAUUUUAAAUUAGUAUUACUUUUGCUUUGAUACUUAAGUAUAUUUUAGCAAUUACAUUUACUUUUGAUACUUAAGUAUAUUUUAAAACCAAAAUUUAAACUUUUACUCAAGUAGUAUUUUACUAGGUGACUUUUACUUGAGUCAUUUUCUAUUAAGGUAACUUUACUUUUACUCAAGUAUGACAUUUGGGUACUUUUUCCCAUCAUUGGCGUUGCCUUGGUGUGCAUUAUCUCUUGGUAGUUGAGUACUUAAGCAGGCUGGGACUAGGAAACGUGGCCUACUGGGGAGCUUGUUGUUAAGAGCAGUCCAAGGUGCGUUUUUCUCCGUAUCUAACCUACGCUGUACAACAAUAGAACACAGAAUAAACUGUCAGUACUGCUAUGUGUAACUCCUAAACCAGUGACGAUCACUGAGGACAGGCGAUCUUUCAGCACCGUGUGACUAGACAUUUCAGUCCUCUAUAAAGUGGCUUGGAUUGGCCUCAUGUUGCCAUUUGGUUUGAUAUCGGUGAAGUUUUUAAUGAAUUGUUCUUAAACUGUACAAUGAAUGGUAUCUGUACUAUUCUUAUGAGGUUGGGAUGGUGGGAACCGGGGGAUAAUGCAAAUGAACCCUUGAAUUUGUUUGUAAUGGAAAUGAAGUUGUUGAAGGAAAGCAAUAAAGGUUACUACAUUGUU